AUGGCGGCGCCCCCUCCCCCCGCGCCCUCCCAUGGUGGCGUCCCCUCCCCCACGUGCCCUCCCAUGGUGGCAGCCACGGGCAUGGCGGCGCGGGAUCCGGCCCUCCGCCACCUCCUACUCCCUCCUCCUGCCCCCUCCCAUGGCGCCGUCGGUGGCAGAGGCAGGGACGCCUCCUCCCGCGGGCUCGGGGCCGAAUCCAUCGGCGGCGGCAGCGGGCUCGAGGCCGGAACAAGCAGCAACGGCGCGUCCGGUGGCGGUGCGCCCACCCAUGGUGGCGGCCGCGGGAUCAAGGCUGGAACCAGCGGCGAUGGUGCAUCCGGCGGUGGUGCGCCCUCCCAUGGUGGCGGCCGCGGGCUCGGGGCUGGAUCUAGCGGCGGCGGCGCGACCGGCAGCGGUGCGUUCUCCCGGGGCAGAGAUCCAAACCAAUACAAAGACAUGACCGACAUGUUGAACAUGUAA